CCCUGCUUUUAAUAAAAAGAAUUUGCUCAUCUCUUUUUCCUUUCUUUCUUUUCUUUGAUUUCACUUUUUUCGAUCGAUCGUUUCAUUUUGUCGAAUUGGCCACCUUUUUCGCGAAGAGAACAUCUGUCAAUAAAAAACACAACAGACGAAGAGGAAGAUAGAGCAUACCCUCCAAAAAGCGAUAAUAGUAAUAAAUAUACAACCUAUGGGACAAACACUAUCCGAGCCUAUUACCGAGAAAACGACCACUCAUGAGUCCAAUCACAAGUACUUUUAUGGCUGCUCUCAUAUGCAAGGGUGGAGACUUACCAUGGAAGAUGCCCACACAACACUGUUAAAGUUGGGAGACACGAACGCCAGUUUCUUUGGUGUCUUUGAUGGACAUGGAGGCUCUACCAUUGCACAGUAUACGGGACAAACUUUGUAUAAAAAAGUAUUAGAAAGUCAGCAUUUUGAAAAGAAGGAGUAUGCUGAAGCUUUAAAAGAUGCCUUUAAAAGUUUAGAUAAGAGUUUACUUGAAGAUAACAAUUUUGCCUACGACCCUUCAGGGUGUACAGCCGUAGCUGCACUUAUUACGGACGAUGAUCAUAUUUUUGUGGCGAAUGCUGGUGAUUCCAGAGGUAUUAUCAGUAUCAAUGGACAAGUCAAACCACUUUCCUAUGACCAUAAGCCCACAGAUCCCGAGGAAAUGCAAAGAAUUAUAAGUGCCGGUGGUUUUGUGGAAUUUGGUCGCGUGAAUGGCAAUUUAGCUCUUUCUCGGGCCAUUGGUGAUUUUGAAUUCAAACAAAAUGAUUCUCUUCCAGCCGAGAAACAAGUGGUGACUUGUGUGCCUGAUAUCAUUGAUCAUCAAAUUACUGAAGAAGAUGAAUUCUUUGUUUUGGCGUGUGAUGGUAUUUGGGAUUGUAUGUCAAAUCAACAAGUCGUUGACUUUAUUCGCGAUGGCAUUGCAGAGGAUAAACAACUGGGAACCAUUUGUGAGGAAAUUAUGGAUGCCUGUCUAGCAGACGAUUCAACCAAUACAGGUCUUGGUUAUGAUAACAUGUCGGUGAUGAUUAUCGCUAUUUUGAAUGGUAAACAAACGGAAAAGGACUGGUAUCAUUGGAUGAAAGAAAAGAUUACAUCUAGCCGUGAAUAUCAAGAAAAGCACCCACAGGGUGAGAGUGGUAACGCUACUAAGGGUAGUGCUGUCACUCCUCCUCCUGCCCCUGCUUCUGCUGCUGAUGCUGAUGCUGCUGAUGCUGAUGCUGAUGCUGAUGCUGCUGUCGUUACGACGACGCCAACGACGACGAGUGGCAAUAAUAAUAAAAGAGAUAAAUCCGACAUCGACACAGAUGAAGAUAGUUCGGACGAUGAAAAAAAGAAGGACGCGAAAGAGAUGAAAAUGGACACAGAUAAAGCACAAGAAUAAUCUUUCUUUUUCUUUCGAGACUUUUUUAAUAUUUUGUAAAAUUUACCCAACUAUUCAUUUGUUCAAACGUUUUCCUCCUCGCCUAGCCAACCUCCACUUUUAUUCAUAUAAAAAAUACUUUUAUUCGUACGAUACGGUCUAUUUUUUAAUUUUCGUCCAUCCUUAAAGUGUAAAGGAGACAGACUACUUUUUUGUACGACUACGCGCAUAAAGUUCAUGUAACCAUAAAUAAUAUCAACAUGCACACACACAC